UUGUGUAGAAAUAAUAGGUUGAUGAAGCGUCUCAGUUUCUAGGAUCUUUCGCUUUCGGAACGCUUCGUAUGUUGGGCUCUACUUAAUUCUUUUGGUGAUUCGAUAAACAUGGAAUCCUUUCACGAGGAACCGGCCUUUACCCAGUUUGAUGAGACAUCCAAUUUAUGGCCUGAGCCUUUUUCCACCCUGAUGAGCUGCAUGUUCCCAGUGGAGUACGUGUAUUCUGAUUGGUUUCAAUGGCAGGCAACCAUCGAGGCACAGCGAAGAGUUCCAGAAUCUCUCUGCAGCUUAUCCAGAGACUAUUUUGAGGCUGGAAGUCGAGUUGAAGGGUUUUGCAUUCCCCAGUUCAUUCUCAGGAACAGUGACAUUGAUCGAGGCAAUGCACUUGAUAUCAAGGAACAGUGGCAGCCCGAUCUUGACCUGAUGAAAGUCGAUGAUUUCUUUGUCGAAACUAAUGAAAAGAGCAAGAUACCAAUAUUCAUUGUUGAACAUUUAGAAGAUGAUCCAAAGUAUGCCAAGUUGAGGUUGACCGAUGGCUUCAAGGAGCAUGAUUCGCGUUUUAAGAACGUUUCCUAUCUUAACCACUCGUACCUGCUUCCUCAUGCAGAUCACCCCAUGGCUGGCCGCCCAUGGACCCAUGUUAGUGGCGAAAAGGGUGAGUGGUCGUACAACAUGCAUGGUCCGGUACGUAAACUCAUGUCAGCCGGCUUUCCAUCUUACGAAGAGGAUCAGACAGAUGUUUUCAAGUAUCCAAUCGCAUGGCCUGAGCCUGCUAUGGAAUGGUUGGUCCGAUCUCGCCCAAGUGGUUGGCCCUCUUCUGAGCUUGUCCAAGAAGUAUUUGACAGUGGUUGUCAUUUAGCACCUGUUGGUAGAGGGAAGCGCAUCGAUGAGCCCAUUGAUACCUUUGUGUACUACCAAAAUCCAGGACAGUCAGCGACGAAUUCUGCAACGACUGAUCCUGAGGGUAAAUGGGCCAUGGAAGAAACUGAGUGGAGAAUUUCAUUUUCACUGGCGGAAAACAAGCUUGGAGGGAGUGUUUCACCCGUUCAACGGCACGUUAUGGUUUUGUUGAAGAUGAUCAAGAAGGCUUACUUUCCAGAUGUUAUUUCGACGUAUUACUUGAAGAACCUGCUGUUCUGGGAAUGCGAGAGUAAAGGAGAAGCCUUCUGGAAAGAAGUCAACUCCUCCAGGUGCCUACUGUUUAUGUUGGAUCGUCUACACGAGUGCCUAGAGACCUUGCAUCUUCCACAUUACUUCAUGCCUCAGAGCAACCUUCUUCAAUAUGACGACACCGCUAAUCUCAAAGAAGCUGCCGUUGCUGUCGCUGAGGUGAGGAGAAAGAUACUACCGAAGACGGUCGGUCUGUUGAAGAGGCUUCAAUCACUAACGUUUCAGUCAAACACGUAUUUGCGAGAUGUUGGCGUACUACUGAAGGAUCAUCUGCUUAAGAUGCAGGACAGACAUCUGUCUGAGGAAGAUCAUGGAAAGCUGCUUGCGACUCUUCACUCACUUUUUGUAGGCAAAAGCAAGGACGUAAUAAAGAGUUUGCUAAGAAUCGUGCCUGAACCUGAUAAAGGUAAAGGAGUAGAAAGUCUGUUGAACAUUGCUUUAUAUGCUUACCAGUCGAUACUUGCCAGAAAUUUGUGCAAGCUGUGGUUCUUAAUGACCAAAGAUAAAGACACUAAAGACGGAAAGGAGGAGGAGGAUGAGUUUACGUCAUUUGUACACGAAGAAGUGAGGGGGCUCUCUUUGGAUGACGAUCUUGUAGCACUGUCCCUCGCCUUCUUCCACAGCGCGAAAAACGGAACGGAGCCAUCGUGGUCGGUUCCUAAUUCAAGGGCGAUGAAAUACAUCAGAGAAGAACAGGUGAGAAUGGCUGUCGAGAGCACAGAAAGUCUACGUGCAGAAUUACCGGCCUCAAUCAGCUGGUUAAAGGUUAGCAACCUGAAAGAAGCUGCAGAAAGAGCAACAAAGAAGUUAAGAGAGAAUCACACGGGCAGCACACUCACAAAAAAAGUGAUCAUGAGUGCACUUGAAAAGGAAGUUCAAGUACUUUAUGGAGAAAGAACAACGGAAAAAAAGUAAUUUUUUUAAAAGGAAGGAACGAAGUUGUAGGCAAAAGUUUAGCGAAAUACAUAACUGGGGCAAAGGACAUGGACCAAAAAUUAAAUACUCUUGCGUAGAAACAGUCUGAUAAAGUGUUAAAGUGCGCCACUUUGGCGCUGACUCUUUCAUAGUCGUCUCAACGCGCGUGAAACCGACACGGCAAGAUAGGAGCGCGAAGUGUGAUGGGUAGGAAGAGAAUCCUUUAAUUUCUUAUAUUAACAUUCAUAAUUUAGGGUGAGAUAAGAGGUUUUUCAAUGGGUGCAAUGCACUUUUUACUACGCAAGAUAGUACGGCCAAUAUGUGCACCUGUGUAUACUCAGUAUUAGACAAGCAAAAGAAAACAGAAAAAUCUCAAAAUGAUUUAUUCCUUGUAUAAAGGCCGAUCAAUGAAUAAUUUUUAUAAACUACAUUUCUAGCGCAACUAUGUAGUUUCAAGAGUCAGCGUAUGGUCUUUCAGCAAAAACAAUUUAAGUAUCUUUGGUCAAUUCUUAACCUUAAGACAUUUGCAAUAUCAUUAUUUCAAAUAAAUACCAUCCUUGUUAAGUUUUA